AUGGAUCUAACUCCUUCGCAACAGCGUGUGAUUCAUUUUCCUUUUAAUGAAGCGACAACCUUAGAAGUACAAGCCGGACCUGGCUCAGGCAAGACUUGGACCCUUUUGAACAAAGUCUACCAUUUGAUAGAGGAACAACAUGUGAAAGCAGAUGAAAUACUUAUCCUAUCACUAACGAACAAGGCUGUGGACAAUAUAGUUGAAAAACUGCUAGGCGUUUACUUGGGAAAGGAGGGGCAGGGUCAUCUGCCACGGAUUGAGGAGAAGGUCGAUCAGAUCGGUAUCUACACGAUCCAUGGAAUGGCGAAUCGUAUAGUAGUAGAAAACGAUGGCAUCAUCAACAUAAUCGAGGAAAAUGGUUGGAGAGGAUUGACAAAGUUGCUACCGGCCUUGAGAAGCAAUGGCGACAAAAACAAGGAAGCAUUGACCGAGUCAAUAAACCCAAAGUUGUUAGAAAGGUUACUACAGAAUUAUAAAGUUAAGAAGGACAAUAAUGCUAACUCCUCAGCGAGAGACGCUUUAGCUGAGAUGGUGAAAAUUAUGAAAGAGUGUAAAGUUCUCACCAACGAAGAUUUGAUUUUACGAGCAAUGGAGCUUCUUAAUGAAAAAGUUAGAAGUGACACCUCGGCAAGUGAGGACUUUACGAGCCAAUUAUUGAAUAAGUUCAAAGUAGUAUUAAUUGAUGAAGUACAGGACCUUUAUCCUCUUUUGUCACCUUUGAUCACUCAGGUUGUUAAAGGGAAACAGCUGAUAAUGUUUGGAGACACCAACCAAAGUAUCUAUGAAUUCAUGGGCCACAAUGAAAGUGUCAUCAAGGAUCUCAGGGAGAUUCAUAAGGCAGAACAAUCGCAAACUUUUCAUCUCUAUGACAAUUUUAGAAACACCCCUGAGAUUAUACAGACUGCAACACAAGUACUCCGUGCUAGUAAGCGAAAGACAUUUGAGACUUCCGAGCUAAUUUUAAAGGAGAAGACUGAUGUACAGCCGCAAUUGAUUAAUUUUACCAAUACCACAGCUCAACUGGAUUUUUUGUCUGCCGAAAUCACAAAACUUGUAUGCGCGUCUGCUCGAUUCAACGACAUUUCAAUCUUGUCCAGAACCCACGAACACCUGCAAACAAUUGCACAACAUUUGAGUGCAUACAAUAUACCUUAUGAAAAGUUAACUUCCCAACCGGAUUGGAUCCGUGACCCAAGAAUCCAAUUCAUCACAGACAUAUUGAAAGUUGUGGUCUUAACGGGUGACUCGCAUUGGCAGAGUGAUUUCAGUAUCAUUGUUACUUUAGGCGCUUUACGUGGUGUAGGUAGCAGGACUCUACAGACGCUGUAUUCUACCAGCACUCUUGCUAAUAUGACGCUUUGGAGAUACAUCACUGAGGUAACGAGGAAACAGUGGGGGACUGUCAUUACAAACAAGUUGAAGAUCGAGGAAUACGUCCAAAUCUUGCGACCAGUAGUGGAAAGCAGAGUUUAUUCCCAGAUGAACGACCCCAUAGAAAUACUGACCGAAUUGUGUGAAAUGGUUUACCGACUAGACUGCCCCCUGUUCCAGUUUAAAUCAAGGCAAGAGAUCGAUGACUUCCAAGCAAGUCUCGAACAGAUGCUAACCGUACUAAAGCUUUGCUCUACAAACAAGCCUGAGGGAAUAAGCUUGGUGAAAUGGUUUUUGGAGACAUAUUUCGACCAAAGCGGUAUAUACCAUCAUACCAGACUAGCCUCGGAGGCGACAGGCAUCGGUUCAGUCAAACUAUCGACCAUCCACUCUUCGAAAGGUUUAGAAUUCCCGAUUUCGUUCGUUGUCGGGAAUCCGAGGGGGAACAACUUCCCGAUGGAUGACAACACAUUGUACGUUGGCAUGACCAGGGCAAGAAACCUACUGUACCUGGUAAACGUAAACCAUCCAAGAAUAGUGCCGUGGGAGUUCAAACCACCGGUUAACAUCAUCGAACAGCCCAAAUUUUGGGAAUACUACAAUAGGGAUCUGGCCCGCAGCUGGACCCCCAAACAAACCAACAAGAUGGCAUACCAAACACUUUCGAACAAAUAUGGUCUUCGCCAAUAUUCAACGUGCUGUCGCCAUCUAAGAAGAUGUUUCAAAGUGUUGAGAUAG